CCCAGCGCAGGGCGGGUCGGGGCUUCCGCGCGGGGCUUUCUCCAGCGCGGCGGCUGGCGCUGGUGUCCUGGGAAUCCCUUGGCCGCUCCGUCCGGCAUCCCGGUGGUCCCGUGGGCUGCUGCGGGUGGGCAGGGGCCGGCGGCGGCCGCGCGAGCCGGAGUUUCCCGGUUAUCCGCAGGAGUCGGCGUCGGGCUUUGGGCUCCGUUGUCGCCGGCACCGGCGGGGAGCAUCCUUCUCCGGGGAGCCCGCCCCGAGCCCAGGAAAAACAAAAUGAAGGAACUAGUGUCAAACAGUACAACCAGUAUUUCUCAAGCCAGAAAAGCUGUGGAGCAAUUAAAAAUGGAAGCAUACAUGGAUAGAAUAAAGGUAUCCAAGGCUGCAGCAGAUUUAUUGGCAUAUUGUGAUGCACACAUUGGAGAAGAUCCCCUUAUUAUUCCUGUACCUGCAUCUGAAAAUCCCUUUAGGGAGAAGAAACUCUUUUGUACUAUCCUUUGAAUCAGUUUUCAAUUAAAAAUGUUACCUGCUAAAACUUGGUAUCAGUGUUGCAUGCUUUUAACAUUUUUUUCUUCAGAUGUCAACACUUAACCCAUACCUACAAUAUUUUUGGAAGGUAGUGCAAUUUUGGCUAUAAAACCCCCCUAAAAUUAAAAAAAAAAAUUUAAAAAAAAGAAAAAUUCAAGGUAAUGCUUAUCUUUCAGAGCAAUGUACAAGUUUAAUUUCAGUACUUCAUAAAUAUUUUUGGUCUUAGUAAAAAUACCAAGUACAGUAUCAAAUUGUAGAUAUCUUUGCCAGUAAUAGAUUUUUCUGGGAUCCAAAUGAGUCAUAUCAAUUCUUGAAGCUAUUUUUAACGUUCUUAUUUUCCUUGGAAGGUGAAUUCAAUUCAAUUGCCUUUACAAAAUUUCUAUCUAAAGAGAGUAGCGUGACCUUUUCCUCAAGUAGCACUAUUUAGGAAAAAGUCCCAGUGAUUUACAUUGUUUAGAGUGAUUGGUCUUAUACAGUAAGUGGUGUCUAUAAAUAUGUUUUCUGAAGACUGUAAGAAACUUGACUACAAAAA